ACAAAAGUUCACACAUUUUACAAAUGUCUCAGUCUGAUAUCUAUACGUCAAAAUGCUGAGAUUGUUAGCCGCUGUAAUAGCAAUACAAACUGUGUCGUCAAAUUUAAAUACAAGUGACCAAAGUGAAGUAGAUAUUUUUAGUGACCCUGGAGUACAGUUUGAAAGAAUCCAAAACGCCCUUCCUAAUCAUUCUACUAAAAAAUAUGAAAUAAUCAGGAAUUUUUUAACUCACUACAAUUCUCUUAAACCGGUGGCCGUUUUAGUCGAUGACACUAAAGAAUCUCAUGAUGAUGCUAACAAUUUUUUGGGUCGCGUUUUUGAAUUAACUUCUAAUGCGAAAUAUAUACCAUUUUCUUUACGAAUAUUCAAUACAACAAGCGUUACUCCACCAGUUGCAGUAAAGGGAAAUAAAACCUUCCAAAUUUUGCUUGACUAUACAGAGGAUCGUGGAAAGAUGAAUCUAGAUCCUGCAGAAUCCAAUGGAACCGCCGCUUUUUUCGCUGUUCUUAACGCUGCUAAUGUUUUACCACAGGAAAGCGCUAUAUUAAUUUUCAUAGACAGAAAAGUAGCAGACGAGGAUUUAGCGCCACAUAUUGCCCUUCUAAGAAAGAAGAAUAUCAAGGUUUAUGUAGUAUGGGGUGGAUCCUAUCCAUCUAAAUACAGCGAAGAUCACUUAUUGCGAGAGUUAUGUGAAUAUUCUGGUGGAAUCUUUUAUGUCGAUACUGGCAAAGAUUUGUCAGAUUACUACUAUCGUCAAUUUCUGUCUGAUAGGAAUUCACAUCUCAAUGCAUCGAUAAUUAUGUCAAAAAAUAACUUGAUGGAUGCAUCUGAACUUACCUUUCCUAUAGAUUCGAAUGUAACAGGUAUUCACGUCAGGAUUGCACCAUUUGUUUCAAGUGGAUCUAUCUCAACACCAAAAGGUUACGUAAUUAACGUUUUAAGAAAGGAAGAAAUAGCCCGAUAUUCAACUGGGUCAUUUGAUGUUAUAGAAACAGGGUUUCAUGUAUUUCACUUGAACAUAACGACGGCACCGACGCACGACGUCGGGAUUUGGCGUCUAAAACUCGCUAAUACGCUUGCUCCGUAUAAUGUCACUGUUUUUGCAUACACCAAACUCAUAGCGCAGGCUUAUUUUACACAAAAAUAUGCAGGACAUCAGAAUUCAACCGGAAGUGACAGAAAAGUUAUGAAAUUGGGUAUAUCAGCUUACAUCACGUCAAUAAGUAAUAUCAGUUUUGUGGACAAAGACGGUCAACCAAUAAUUGAUAAAACUAAGUACACGUUAGUCAAGGACUCGAUAGCAGAAAACAACAUUUCCCAUCGAGAUAGGGAAAUCGAUGUUGAAUUUUACAGCACGCCGGAAAAACCGGCGUAUGCUCUAAUUCACGGCAAAGAUUCAGAAGGAAAUGAUUUUUCUCGUUUGACAUAUAUAUCGUAUAGUUCAAAUGAGAUUUUUCCUCAACCAACAUUAACUAUCGAAGUUGGAGCAGGGUCUGAGUUAAUUACCACCGGGGGAAAAUUUCCGGUGAUAAUAUUUGAGGUAACUAAUCACAAGAACACUGCAGUUGACGUCAGAUUUACGUGUAAAGAUGAGAAAUCAAUUUUGAGAUUUUUGAAACCUUACAGGCAAAUUAUUGGUCCAGAGGAAACAGCAAUAAUACGACUAACCCUCAUAACAGGGUUUGGUAGUUAUGAAGACGAGAUAACGUUCACAGCGUGGAUUGGAUCAGAAUUGUUUAAGAAAAAAGUGAUAGUUGAUGUGAGAAAUCAAGCACUUAUCGAUAACGACAGUCCAGAGUUAGAUUACAGUUUUUCUAGUGAUUGUUCAAAAUUCAUUUUUUCAAAAUGCAGUGAAGGCACGUGGACAGUUAAAAUAACAGCAAAAGACACUGGAUCAGGUUUGUUACAAGUUUCCAGCUACCCUAAAGGCUUAUAUUUUCCCAAUGAUUAUACUACAGGUACUAGAGACGAAGUAACAGGUUACUAUAGUGGCUCUUGUUGCAAUCCUGACUUCCAAGUUACAGCUUUGGAUAGAUUAAAUAAUAGAAAAGUUAUAAAUACAAACGCAUAUCAGGCUUUUUGGGGACCAGCUCAAAUUGCAGCUUUGGUACUAGGCAUAUUAAUUUUUAUAUCGAUAAUUGUACUUAUUGUUUAUAUCGUUAUAAAAUGUAGAAAAGAUGGGGAUAGUUAUAAUCUUCCAACUUACAGAGGAGGAAGAAUAUGACAAUUAAUUAAUUCUAUUAGAGAUGAACAAGCUUUUUGGUGAUGUAAUCAUAUUAUUUAUCAACUUAUGUUUUAACUAAAUGGAUUAUACAUAUAGGUAUACCUAUAUAUACCACUAGUAAUUUCUAAUUUAUAGUCUCGAAUAUCUUUACUUUUUUAAUGCUAUUAAAUAAAUUUA